GGCCCACAGACUUGGCACACUGUGCACCUCCGCCAUCUGGGAUGUACCCUGAAUAGCAUUAAGAGAGAUCUGAAUUCAAAUUCGGGUUUGUCACCAACUUCCCGGAAUGCCCGUUGCUGGACGCGUCUUUUCUCUGACUCUCAGCCUUCUGACUCUGGUGUGAAAGAGUGGAACCGAUCCAACGCGCUAUCAGGAUGCCUCCUGCUCUGAGACUGGAGUUUGAGGUCUCCAUCUCCAAGAGAUGCUUGAACAGUCUGAUUGGGACCUUGCUUCCUGCUCAGCCUGACUCAUUUCUGCCCGAGCUGUAGGCGUGGCCCUCUGGCUACACGUGUCUGCUUUUGAAUCGUCCUUCCCCCCUUAAAUCUGCACACCGAAGAGGAUUUCUCUUCUGUGGCAAUUCGAGACGGAACUGCAGGGCCAGACCCUGUGUUCCAGGCCCAGAAUCAGUCAUGGGGGCCCGUGCCAUUGUUUCUGACGCCAACAUCUUGUCUGGCCUCGAGAGCAACGCCACGGGUGUUACAGCCUUCUCCAUGCCUGGCUGGCAGCUGGCCUUAUGGGCCACAGCCUACCUGGCCCUGGUGCUGGUGGCUGUGACAGGCAAUGCCACAGUUAUCUGGAUCAUUCUGGCCCACGAGAGGAUGCGCACAGUCACCAACUAUUUCAUCAUCAACCUGGCCUUGGCGGACCUCUGCAUGGCAGCCUUCAACGCGACCUUCAACUUCAUCUACGCCAGUCACAACAUCUGGUACUUCGGCCGUGCCUUCUGCUAUUUCCAGAACCUCUUUCCCAUCACAGCCAUGUUCGUCAGCAUCUACUCCAUGACCGCCAUUGCUGCUGACAGGUACAUGGCCAUCGUUCACCCCUUCCAGCCACGGCUCUCGGCCCCCAGCACCAAGGCAAUUAUCGCUGGCAUCUGGCUGGUAGCCCUGGCUCUCGCCUCCCCGCAAUGCUUCUACUCCACCAUCACUGUGGACGAGGGGGCCACCAAGUGUGUGGUGGCCUGGCCCAAUGACAACGGAGGGAAGAUGCUCCUACUGUAUCAUCUGGUCGUGUUUGUCCUCAUCUACUUCCUGCCUCUCCUGGUGAUGUUCGGGGCUUACAGUGUCAUCGGCCUCACACUGUGGAAACGCGCGGUACCCAGACACCAGGCUCACGGAGCCAACUUACGCCAUCUACAGGCCAAGAAGAAGUUUGUGAAGGCCAUGGUACUGGUGGUGCUGACAUUUGCCAUCUGCUGGCUGCCCUACCACCUCUACUUCAUCCUGGGGACCUUCCAAGAGGACAUCUACUACCACAAGUUUAUCCAGCAGGUCUACCUGGCGCUCUUCUGGCUGGCCAUGAGCUCCACAAUGUACAACCCUAUCAUUUAUUGCUGCCUUAACCACAGGUUUCGCUCUGGAUUCCGGCUUGCUUUCCGGUGCUGCCCCUGGGUGACACCAACCGAGGAAGACAGGCUGGAGCUGACUCACACGCCAUCCCUCUCCAGGAGAGUCAACCGGUGUCAUACCAAGGAGACUUUGUUCAUGACGGGGGACAUGACCCACUCUGAGGCUACCAAUGGACAGGUUGGGAGUCCCCAGGAUGGGGAGCCUGCUGGACCCAUCUGCAAGGCCCAGGCUUAGCCCCUUUGAGAAGCAGCUGACGGAAAAGCCCCUACGUAAUAGCUUGUCCCACACCCCAUUCUUCAACACACCGACAGAAAAAAACAGGAUGGUGCUCCGAAUGCCACAGGCAAUACGGGUGUCAACAAAGAGCUCGGAGCACAGACACCUGUCACAGGCAAUCCAGCGAUGGAGGAAGGCACUGGGAGGACUGGGAAGCAACACUUGGCCAACCUAGAAGCUGCAAAGUGAGAUGUCUCCCAGGAGUAUAGAGAAGGAAGGAAAACUGGAUCCCAGGGAAGAAAACUGCAGUUGUAAUGAGAAGGGCAGCUGAAGGACAGAGAGAUGGCUUGGCGAGGUGGAAAAGCCUCUGCUAAGUAAGCAGUGGUAAAGCCUCUGCUAAGCCUUGUGACCUAAGUGCAGUUCCUGCAACCCACAGGGAAGGUAAGAACCAAAGCCUACAACUUGUCCUCUGACUUCCUCCAAUGUAUGCAUGCAUCAUGUAUGCAUCUGUGUGUGCACAUACAUCUGCACAUGCACGCACAUACAAACAUAUGCACACGCACGUUAAAGAGGAAGAAGGCGGCAGCUCCCACAGGAAAAGGUGGGGACUGUAGCAGACUGCAGAGGACAAGUGCCCAAAGGGAAACCCAGCUGCUUCGCUCGCUCUGGAACACAAUUGCCAGGUUUUCCGAAUAAAGAAAGCCUGAGAUCCAAAUAUAUAUGUAUGGGAGCUCCAGGCUUCUAAAUUUGGUUCAUGAAAAUGCUUAGAGACACUGGCUAACCCAGAGCGGUGCACAUCCACACCACCACCUCCUCGCCAAAGACAAGCCACAAAGGAAGUCACCCAUUUGGCUGCGAAUGGAUCCACGGCUUUUCUACCUAAGGAUCUAAAAGCUCCCAUCCAGCCCAGAGGGGAGGGCGGUUAACAGUCCAGAGGAACCUCAGCUGAGAUGUAAGAUACUCUGACCCCCUGCUUGAUGGCAGGAUUGCCGUGAGGCUUGUUGGAAGUGAUGCCUUCAAACCAGCAGGCCACAUCCAGCAAAACGCUCAAUAAAUAGUAACCACGAUUCUUCGCACUGUAAGACACAAAAGCCACCUACAAGUUAGGAGAAUGGUUCCCCCUCUCACUUCUGCAGUGAGGAGCUGGCAGGCAGAGCACACCGAUGGUCCCAGUUCUAAGAACGCCUGGCCUAGGCCGCUCCAGGCCAGUCUGUCUCCCUGCUUGGUGGUCACUCAUUUGCUGCCUACCCCGUGCCCUCUGAAAACCAAAGACGCUGUAAACACGUGUUCAAAGUUUAAUGUCAUCUGAGCUUUCCCAGAGUUCACUGCGCCAGUACCCCCAAUAAAGGGCUCUGAUGUCA